CUAUGAACAUAGUUGAUCACCGCGUACACACGUGAUGAGUCACGAAUAAGUGUUGCCACCUAUUAUAGUUUAUAAUGUUGCUAUCAUAUACUUAACGUGAAAAUGUAAUACCUCGAAAGAUUGUGAAAUAUUUAUCUCGGUAUAAUAACCAACAGUCAUUAGUUAGUAUUACAUUACUGACGGCACAAGACGGACGCGUACAUGUAUGUAUUAAAUACGUUAUAAUAUAUAGUUGACAAAAUUCUGAUCGAAAUUAAAUCAUGAAGUCUCUGACAAAUUUGCCUGUAAUAUCAAGAUUAUCUGACACAGUGAUUAGAAUUUUAGGGUGCAACCCAGGUAUAAUGACAUUGCAGGGUACAAACACGUACCUCGUUGGUACUGGCACCAGACGUAUAUUGAUAGAUGCUGGCGAAGCCAAGACUGCCAAAGAAUACACAAAAGUAUUACGUCAAGUACUGGAAGAAGAAAAAGCAACUAUUGAACAUUUAAUGAUUACACAUUGGCAUCAUGAUCACUUAGGAGGUGCCAAAUCUGUUCAAAAUUUGUUAAGAACAAUGAACCCAACAUAUCACAGUACAACAUGGAAAUUACCCAGAGCACCAGAAGACAAAGGUAAAAAAAGUCAAGCUGAGCAAAAUAUAUCCUGGCAGGAUUUGGAAGAUAAACAAGUAGUGGAAGUAGAAGGUGCAAAAGUUCGUGUUGAGUAUACUCCAGGACAUUCAUCAGAUCAUGCUUCCCUUGUAUUAGAAGAUGAGAAUAUAAUUUGUUGUGGGGAUUGUGUUUUGGGAGAGGGAACUGCUAUUUUUGAGGAUUUGCUUACAUAUAUGGAUUCCUUAAAAAAAAUCAUGGCAAUGAAACCAAAACUAAUGUAUCCAGGUCAUGGGCCAGUAAUAGAGGACCCAGAAACUGUAAUUAAGUAUUAUAUUGAACAUAGAUUAAGGAGGGAAAAUGAAAUUUUAGGUGUUAUACAAGAAACUGCAAAAAAUAAGGCAAUAUCUGAAAUGGACAUUGUAAAACAUAUGUACAUGGGCACCUCAAAAAUCAUGUGGGAAGUAGCAGCUUACAAUGUAGAACGCCACCUUGACAAAUUAUUAAAAGAAGGCAAAGUAAAAGGUGAAAAAGGAAAGUGGCAAAGUGUAUAA